AUGUCCUUGGUGGAACUGAUAGUCGAAAAAACGACUGACUACCCUUCGGCUGAGUACUCCCUGGUGGAGGAUGUAGCCCUCCACUUCACGUGUUUGAUGGACAGACUGAACGAGCAGCGCCUCUUUCAGCCGGACCUGUGCGACGUGGACAUCGUGCUGGUGCAGCACAAGAGCAUCUUCCCAGCGCACAAGGGGGUCCUGGCGGCCUACAGCCAGUUCUUCCACUCCCUCUUCACCCAAAAUAAGCAGCUGCAGCGCGUGGAGCUCUCGCUGGAGGCCCUCACCUCGCAGGGCCUCCAGCAGAUCCUCAACUUCAUCUACACCUCCAAGCUCCUCGUCAACUCCUGUAACGUGCAGGAUGUGCUGAACGCGGCUGCUGUGCUGCAGAUGAACAACAUUGCCUCCUCCUGCCAGGACCUCCUUGACACCCGCUCGCUCAGCCUGGCCGCCGGCAUGGCCCUGCCCGCUGAGGGCUGCGCCGGACCCCCGCCCUACUACUGCGAGAUCAAGCAGGAGGUGGAUGCCCCUCAUCCCAAGAUCUACGCCCGGGAGGGCAACGACCCCUACUCGGUGCGGGUGGAGGAUGGAGCAGGUGGUGGGACGCUCCCCCCUGGUCCAGCCAAGCAGUACUACAAGGAGGAGAAGGAUGGUGGUCCGGGCACCGUCUGUAAGAUGGAAGGCGAAGAGUCCGAGGAGGACCUGGACAGCCAGGGCUCAUACAACCGGGAGCAGAUCAUUGUGGAGGUGAACCUCAACAACCAGACCCUCAAUGUCUCCAAGGGCAUGGAGGGGAAGGCAGCCGCCAGCGAGGCGGCCGUGAUGGGGCGGCCUGACGGUGAUGGGCGCGACACAGAGGAGGAUGGGGAGGAGGAGAAUGAGGAAGGGGAGGAGGAGGAGGAAGAGGAGGAGGAGCAGGUGGGUGAGGAGGAGGAGGAGGAGCACAGCGAGGAGGAAGACCUGGAGGAGACGACGGAAGAAGAAGACGAUGAUGACGACGAUGAAGACGCGUCAGAGGUGAAAAGGGAAAAGGGCGGGCAGCCCCGCAGAGGCAGCCGGGCGUCCAAAGCCACCAAACCUGCCAUGGCAACCCGGUCCCAGGAGAUAGCCAAGGUGGAAGAGGAGGAGGAGGAGGAGGAAGAGGAAGGCCAGCGAGGGAGGAAGAGGAAAAAGGAGCAGGAUGGUUUGGGCCAGAAGGUGAAGCUGGAGGAGAAGCAGCACUACCCGUGCAAGAAGUGCCCCCGGGUCUUCAACAACCGCUGGUACCUGGAGAAGCACAUGAACGUCACGCACAGCCGCAUGCAGAUCUGCGACAAGUGCGGCAAACGCUUCCUGCUGGAGAGCGAGCUGCUGCUGCACCACCAGACCGACUGCGAGAAGAACAUCCAGUGCGUGACGUGCGGGAAGGGGUUCAAGAAGCUCUGGUCCCUCCACGAGCACAACAAGAUUGUCCAUGGCUAUGCCGAGAAGAAGUUCUCCUGCGAGAUCUGCGAGAAGAAGUUCUACACCAUGGCCCACGUGCGCAAACACAUGGUUGCUCACACCAAGGACAUGCCGUUCACCUGCGAGACCUGUGGGAAGUCCUUCAAGCGCAGCAUGUCCCUCAAGGUCCAUUCGCUCCAGCACUCUGGGGAAAAGCCUUUUAAAUGCGAGCUGUAG